AGCGCCAAGCUAUAGAGAGAGCUGGGCACUGAGCGGUUGCCAUGGCCCUGGGAUCUGCUGCACUGUUCAUCUUGACCCUGUGUAUCAAAGAGCUGAACAUCCAUGCCGAGGACACCUGCCCAGAAAUGAAGGUCCUGGAUCUGGAGGGCUCCAACAAGCUCACCAUCCUUCAAGGCUGCCCUGGCUUUCCUGGAGCCCCAGGGCCCAAGGGAGAGGCAGGCGCCAAAGGAGAUAGAGGAGAGAGCGGCCUUCCUGGACAUCCUGGGAAGGCAGGACCAACUGGACCCAAAGGAGACCGAGGAGAGAAGGGAGCACGUGGGGAAAAAGGAGACACCGGGCCCUCUCAGUCAUGUGCUACAGGACCUCGGACCUGCAAGGAGUUGCUCACCCGGGGCCACUUUCUCACUGGCUGGUAUACCAUCUACCUGCCAGACUGCAGGCCCCUGACUGUGCUGUGUGAUAUGGACACAGAUGGUGGAGGCUGGACUGUCUUCCAGAGGAGGAUCGACGGCUCUGUGGACUUCUUCCGGGACUGGACCUCAUACAAGCAGGGCUUUGGCAGCCAGCUGGGGGAGUUCUGGCUGGGGAAUGACAACAUCCACGCUCUAACCGCCCAGGGAACUAGUGAGCUGCGGGUGGAUCUCACAGACUUCGACGGCAAGCAUGACUUCGCCAAGUACAGCUCCUUCCGGAUCCAGGGAGAGACCGAGAAAUACAAGCUUCUCCUGGGAGACUUCCUUGGCGGUGGUGCUGGCGACUCCCUGACUUACCAGAAGAACCAGUUCUUCUCCACCAAAGAUCAAGACAACGACCUGACUUCUUACAGCUGUGCCAUGCGUUACCAGGGAGCCUGGUGGUACUCUGAGUGCCACAAUUCCAACCUGAAUGGCCUCUACCUUAGGGGACCCCAUAAGAGCUAUGCAAAUGGUAUCAACUGGAAGUCUUGGAGAGGGUACAACUACAGCUGCAAGGUUUCUGAGAUGAAGGUGCGCCUCAUCUAGCUCCCCACACAGGGAGUACCCAUCCCAGCAUACCAGCAACAGGAGUCUUCUGUCUUCACUACCAGCUAAGGAAGGAGUGUGCUCACCCCAUUGCCCACACUCCACACAGCCAAUGACCUCUGACCCGGCUUUCUUCACAUACCUAUAUUCUCACCACAAAGGAAAAAUUGUAUUUCCAAAAAUUGCUUGUUCUCUGACA